UUAUGCAAUUUAUUAGCCUAUGUUUGGUGACUUACACUAUCUUCACAACUUUGUGAGAGUUUGAUUUGAAGACUUGGAUGACACACUUUCGCGCAUCUUUUUACCAUAUCAACAUGUGGCAUGGGGCUUUUGGGCUGGAUCCCACGCGAACGUCCUGGGAGAAAACCUGGAGAGCAGAUCAUGAUUCACACUAACUGCAUGAACAAUUUCCUUGUGUUAAAAUGAACGAUAAACCCAACAAAUGGAUUUUCAUCCCAAUUUUAGCCAUUCUUUUUGUCAUGAUUGGGUACCAGUAUAUUUGUCCGGCAGGCGGUCAUGCUUGCCAUUUCAGGACAGGAGAGAAACUCGUGAGGAUCGGUGCCCUGCCCACUCCAGACCCGACCACCGAUGACCUGUACCGGGAGUUGGACCCGGAGGAAGACAGCCCACGUGCGUCCAAAUUCAACUUCACAGAGCGCGAUCUGACACGCGAUGUCGAUUUCAACAUCAGGGGAGAUGAUGUGAUUGUGUUUCUGCACAUUCAAAAGACAGGAGGAACCACCUUUGGCAGGCACCUGGUCAGGAAUAUUCGCUUGGAGCAGCCGUGCGACUGUAAAGCGGGACAGAAGAAAUGCACGUGCCACCGGCCCGGUAAGCAGGAGUCCUGGCUCUUCUCGAGGUUCUCCACGGGCUGGAGUUGCGGUUUGCACGCUGACUGGACUGAACUGACCAACUGCGUGCCGGUGAUUAUGGACAAAAGGCAGUCUCCAAAGCGCAAGAGGAACUUCUACUAUAUCACCAUGCUGCGAGACCCUGUGUCACGUUACCUGAGCGAAUGGAAGCACGUGCAGCGCGGUGCCACCUGGAAGACUUCCCUUCACAUGUGUGACGGCCGCUCUCCCACACAGGACGAGCUGCCCACCUGCUAUAACGGAGACGACUGGUCGGGGGUCACUUUAAAUGAGUUCAUGGACUGCCCUUCAAACCUGGCCAACAACCGGCAGGUGCGCAUGCUGGCCGACCUCAGCCUGGUGGGCUGCUACAACCUCUCCACCAUGAACGAGAGCGAACGGAACCCCAUUCUCUUGGCCAGCGCUAAGAGUAACCUCAAGAACAUGGCCUUCUAUGGCCUGACGGAAUUCCAGCGCAAGACGCAGUACCUGUUCGAGCGCACUUUCCGUCUGCGGUUCAUUUCAGCCUUUACACAGAUCAACAGCACGCGCGCCGCCAACGUGGAGCUGCGCGACGACAUGCGCAGCCGCAUAGAGCAACUGAAUUUUUUGGAUAUGCAGUUGUACGAGUUUGCAAAGGACCUCUUCCUGCAGAGAUACCAGUUCAUCCGCCAGCGUGAGCGGCAGGAGGAGAGAUUGAAGAGGCGGGAAGAGAGACACUGGCUUAGGGAGCGCCGAGUCAACCAGAGCAAACAGCCCAGUGUGGAAAACCAACCUCAGGUCACCACAACUGAGGACUAUGCCAGCCAAGUGGUCCGUUGGUGAUAUCUCUUGGAAACAUGCACUAGGACACAGAAUACAUAACGGCCCACUUGAGGAAGAGUAGGUCACAUUUUGAACUUUAGCAUUCUAAUGCUAGAGUUUCUUUUGUCGUGA